AUGGAGCUGGUGAGCGGGCGAGACCCCCACCUCCGAGAGGUCGUGCGGUUUGCGGCGCGGUGCAGAGCCCUGACGCUGCUGCUGCAGGCCGUGUUUAACCUCCUGAUCCCAGAUCACGCCGCAGAUGCCUUCUCUCCUCCUCGCCUGCCCGAGCCUGGGCCGUGGGACCUGCUCGUGGAGCGGCUGCUGGGCGGCCUCUCGCACUGGGACGCGGAGCAUUUCCUCUUCAUCGCCGAGCGCGGUUACCUGUACGAGCACAACUGCGCCUUCUUCCCGCUGUACCCCCUGAGCGUGCGGGCCGUGGCCGAGGCUGCUCUGUGGCUUCGGCUGCUGCGCCUGCGGAGCCGCCUGCUGCUCUCGGCUGCGCUGCUUAAUUCUCUCUUUUCCGUCCUGGCAGCCGCUGCCCUGUAUGAGCUGGGCUGCGUCGCGCUGCGGUGUCGCAGGGUGGCUUUUCUCGCCGCCGUUCUCUUUGCUGUCAGCCCUGCCAACGUGUUCCUGGCAGCCGCUUACUCGGAGAGCAUGUUUGCCUUCCUGGCGUUCAGUGCCAUGUGGCAACUGGAGAAGGGGCAGAGCUGGCUCAGUGGGCUGCUCUUCUCCCUUGCUUCUGGGGUGCGAGCCAACGGGCUCGUUAACGCUGGCUUCUUUCUCUACUCCCGCGGUAAACGCUUUGCUCUGCAGCUCCAGGUGGGUUCAGGAUCGCUCAGGAAGCUCCCCCCUUUAUGGAAGCAGCUCCUUAGCGCGGCGUUUUCGACUCUUCUGACGUGUGCUGGGAUUUUUCUGCCUUUUGCUUUAUUUCAGUAUUAUGCCUACGGGAGGUUCUGUGGUCCCGGUACCAACCCAGAGCCGGCUGUUUCCGAGCCACUGCUGCAGCUGGCUCUGGACAGGGGCUAUCGUGUGGUGACCACGCAUGGGGUUAAACCCCCAUGGUGCUCCCAGCGGUUCCCCGUGGUCUAUUCCUAUAUUCAAGACGUUUACUGGAAUGUGGGCUUUUUGAGGUAUUUUGAGCUCAGACAGAUACCAAAUUUCUUGCUUGCUUUGCCUGUCACGCUUCUGGGCUCCUGGGCUGCCUGGACCUACAUCGUUGCAAACCCCCGGCACUGCCUGACUCUUGGUCUAGAGAGAAGAAGGAGCGAAGAGGAGGGUAAACCCACAGCUGGAUUUUGCUGCCCCGCUGUCUUCGUGUAUGUGGUCCACGCCACGGUCCUGCUGGUGUUUGGGUUCUUCUGCAUGCACGUGCAGGUGCUGACCCGGUUCCUUGGCUCCUCAUCUCCCGUCCUGUACUGGUUUUGUGCUCACCUGCUUCAAGAACACGAACCUUUGCUGUGGCACGAAGGGACUGGUGAUCAAACCACAGCACCUCGCUCCGAGAAGUCUCUGCUAGGGAAACCUGGUGGGAAAGGGACUUCAGAAAACCCUGUUGUGAGGCUGCUGCUGAACUGCAGAUUAAUUACCCCGCUCAGCAAAUGCAUCCUCGGAUUCUUCCUGUCCUACUGGCUGCUGGGGCUGAUUCUGCACUGCAACUUCUUGCCGUGGACGUAA